AUGGCGGACCUAUAUGACACCAUCAAAAAGCUGGAACUUCAACACAAAAGGUCGCAAUUGAAUGAAACAUACAGUGCAUUGAUGGAAGCUAGACGUAACCUGACGGCCCUCAUCACGAAAAGGUAUCAUCGUUCGCUCCAACGCUCAAAAAACUUCUUUUACACACAUGCCAACAAAGGCGGGAAAGUCCUCGCUCGCCUCUUGAAAGGGGAUACACCACGCAUGCAAGUGCAAAAACUACACCUAUCGUCGGGUAAGGUAUCCCCACACCCAGAAGAAAUAGCGGAGGAAUUUCGAACUUACUAUCGCUCCCUAUACAACCUUCCUCACCCAGAGGCCCUGACAUGA